CUGCCCCCCCCCUGAUCUCUUUGUGUGUGAGGAUGUUAGCUUACUGGUCAGUGACGCUGGGGGAAAAGAGACGGGGGAAGGAGUAGGCGACGUGUUUGGCGGAUUGGAAUUUUGAAAAGCUUCUUGACCGCUGGAUUUUUGACAAACUGUAUUUUACUGACAUAUUCUGCUAACUUCCUACAGAUAAUUCUUAUACGUUAACGACGACGAAGUGUGUUGUCUUGGAAUUGAUUUAGGCUACCUCCACCGCCCAGCGCCCCCGAAUCCCUCACUACGACUCACCAUUUGCCCCCCUCCCUGGCUGACAAGAUCACCCUAAAGAGGGGUGAGGAAGAAAUAAAAUACUGAAAAGAAAUACGGGGGGACAUAGUUUAGCGUGCUGUGACAGACUUGUCAAACACCAUGUCAGGAAGUGAAGACGAAAGAGAUGGCUUCGGACCCACGGAUGAAAGUGCACUUGUACAUGAUGAGGAGGAAGCAGAGGAGCCCGCUGCGGUGGAGCCACCAAAAGCCAAGAAGAAGAAGAAGGCCAAGAAGAGCCGUGAGAGCAGAAGCAGUAAGAGACAGAAACCCCCCAAAGAGCCGGAAGUCCCGAUGAGCUCUCCCGAGCCUCUGGAGGCGGCGGUGGUGGGCCUGGUGGAGGCCCAGGAGGCGGAGGAGCGGGAGCGGGAGCGAGAGGUGGCCAGGGGCUCGGAGAGCGAGGGCAGCGACUACGCCCCCAGCAAGAAGAAGAAGAAGAAGUCCUCCAGCGCCUCCAGAGACAGGAAGAAGCCUCCUGCCGCGGAGAAGAGCGGCGGAGGUGGAGGAGGAGGUGGCGGUGGAGGAGGUGGGGCAAAGAACAAGAAGAAAGAACCAGAGCCAGAGGAGGAGGAUGAUGAUGACGACGAUCAGGAGCCCAAGACCUCAUCCCAGCUGUUGGAGAACUGGGGCAUGAAGGAUAUCGACUAUGCCUUCACCCAGCAGGACUACAGCACUCUCACCAACUACAAAGCCUUCAGCCAGUUUGUCAGGCCUCUGAUAGCAGCAAAGAACCCCAAGAUCGCUGUGUCCAAGAUGAUGAUGGUGCUGGGGGCCAAGUGGCGCGAGUUCAGCACUAACAACCCUCUGCGCGGCUCGGCCACCGCCAGCGCCGCCCUGGCCGCUGCCAACGUGGCCACGGCCGUGGAGAGCAUGGUGGCCGGAGGGGGCAACGGGCCCGAUGCAGCGGGCACCGCCGCGACCACUGGCGGGGCGGGAGCUACCAAUAGUGCUCCAACCAGCAGCCCCCCCACGCCAGCUGCACCUAGCCCUGCCCCUGCAGCGCAGCAGCCAGCUGCCCCAGCCCCAGCCCCAGCCCCACCACCUCCACCCCCUCCACCACCAAUCCGCAAGGCCAAGACCAAAGAGGGCAAAGGCCCGAACGCACGCAAGAAGAGCAGGCCUCCUCCUAAGCCUGUUGACAAGAAGUCCAAAGCCAAGAAGGUGGCGCCCAUCAAGAUCAAGCUGGCCAGCUUCAAGAGGAAGCGCUCUUCGAGUGGGGAGGAUGAUGGCGACAGUGACUUUGACCAGUUCUCCGUGUCAGACGGCUCCACGCGCAGCAGCCGAUCCAAGAAGAAGCCCAAGAGCUCCAAGAAGAAGAAGAAAGUGGAUGAGGAUGCUGACGGCUAUGAGACGGACCACCAGGACUACUGUGAGGUGUGUCAGCAGGGCGGGGAGAUCAUCCUGUGCGACACCUGCCCCCGCGCCUACCACAUGGUCUGCCUGGACCCCGACAUGGAGAAGGCCCCCGAGGGCACCUGGAGCUGCCCCCACUGCGAGAAGGAGGGCAUCCAGUGGGAGGCGCGCGAGGAGAGCUCCGACGGGGAGGAGGAGGCGGAGGCGGCGGCGGCGCCCGAGGGGGUGGAGGAGGAGGACGACCACCACAUGGAGUUCUGCCGCGUCUGCAAGGACGGAGGAGAGCUGCUCUGCUGCGACACCUGCCCCUCCUCCUACCACCUGCACUGCCUCAACCCGCCCCUGCCCGACAUCCCCAACGGAGAGUGGAUAUGCCCACGCUGCCUGUGUCCACCAAUGAAAGCAAAGGUCCAGAAGGUUCUGACCUGGCGCUGGGGUGUGGCUCCUCCCCCUAUCCCGGUGCCCCGCCCAGACGACCUGCCUGCCGACGCCCCCGACCCCAAGCCCAUGAUGGGCCGUCCGGAGAGGGAGUUCUUCGUCAAGUGGUGCAACAUGUCCUACUGGCACUGCUCAUGGGUGCAGGAACUACAGCUGGAGCUGAACUGCCAGGUGAUGUUCCGCAACUACCAGCGCAAGACAGACAUGGACGAGCCGCCGGUGCUGGACCUGGGGGCGGAGGGGGACGAGGACAAGAGCAGCAAGAGGAAGAGCAAGGACCCCAUGUACGCACGCAUGGACGACCAGUACGGACGCUACGGGGUUAAACUGGAGUGGCUGCUCACACACCGCAUCCUCAACCAUAGUGUGGAUAAGAAGGGGAACGUGCACUACCUGAUCAAGUGGAGGGACCUGCCCUACGACCAGUCCACAUGGGAGAGCGAGGAGAUGGAGAUACCAGAGUUCGACACUUACAAACAUACCUACUGGAACCACAGAGACCUGAUGAUUGGGGAGGAGGUGAGGCCAGGCAAGAAGCUGAAGAAGGUGAAAGUCAAGAAGACUGAGAAGCCUCCAGCCAACCCUGUGGUGGAUCCCACCAUUAAGUUUGACCGGCAGCCGGACUACCUGGACACGACGGGCGGCACGCUGCACCCCUACCAGCUGGAGGGCCUGAACUGGCUGCGCUUCUCCUGGGCACAGGGCACCGACACCAUCCUGGCCGACGAGAUGGGCCUGGGCAAGACCGUGCAGACCGCAGUCUUCCUAUACUCGCUCUACAAGGAGGGCCACUCCAAGGGUCCCUUCCUGGUGAGCGCCCCUCUGUCCACCAUCAUCAACUGGGAGCGCGAGUUUGAGCUGUGGGCGCCGGACAUGUACGUGGUCACCUACGUGGGGGACAAGGACAGCCGUGCCGUCAUACGCGAGAACGAGUUCAGCUUCGAGGACAACGCCAUACGCGGAGGCAAGAAGGCCUCCAAGAUGAGGAAAGAGGCGAUGGUGAAGUUCCAUGUGCUGCUGACGUCGUAUGAGCUGAUCACCAUAGACCAGGCCAUCCUGGGCUCCAUAGACUGGGCCUGUCUAGUGGUGGACGAGGCACACAGACUCAAGAACAACCAGUCAAAGUUCUUCCGGGUGCUGAAUAACUACCCCCUGCAGCACAAGCUGCUGCUCACUGGAACUCCUCUGCAGAACAACUUGGAGGAGCUCUUCCACCUGCUCAACUUCCUCACGCCCGAGAGGUUCAAUAACCUGGAGGGCUUCCUAGAGGAGUUUGCGGACAUCGCUAAGGAGGACCAGAUCAAGAAGCUUCAUGACAUGCUGGGUCCGCACAUGCUCAGAAGACUGAAGGCCGACGUCUUCAAACACAUGCCCUCCAAGACCGAGCUCAUCGUCAGGGUGGAGCUCAGCCCCAUGCAGAAGAAGUACUACAAGUACGUGCUGACGCGCAACUUUGAGGCGCUGAACACGCGCGGCGGCGGCAACCAGACCUCCCUGCUCAACGUGGUGAUGGACCUAAAGAAGUGCUGCAACCACCCCUACCUCUUCCCCAACGCUGCCACGGAAGCUCCCAAGAUGCCCAAUGGGAUGUACGAGGGGAGUGCCCUAACCAAGUCUUCUGGCAAACUCCUGCUGCUCUACAAGAUGCUGAAGAAACUCAAGGAUGGGGGGCACAGGGUCCUCAUAUUCUCACAGAUGACUAAGAUGUUGGACCUGUUGGAGGACUUCCUUGAGAAUGAGGGCUAUAAGUAUGAGCGUAUUGACGGGGGCGUGACCGGCUCCAUGAGGCAGGAGGCCAUUGACAGAUUCAACGCUCCGGGCGCCCCCCAGUUUGUGUUCCUGCUCUCCACCCGUGCCGGAGGUCUGGGCAUCAACCUGGCCACAGCCGACACGGUCAUCAUAUAUGACUCAGACUGGAACCCCCACAACGACAUCCAGGCGUUCAGCAGGGCUCACAGGAUUGGCCAGAACAAGAAGGUGAUGAUCUACCGCUUUGUAACCAAGGCCUCUGUGGAGGAGCGCAUCACCCAGGUGGCCAAGAAGAAGAUGAUGCUGACCCACCUGGUGGUGCGGCCGGGCCUGGGCUCCAAGACCGGCUCCAUGUCCAAGCAGGAGCUCGACGACAUCCUCAAGUUCGGCACCGAGGAGCUCUUCAAGGACGAAGCCCCCAAGGACGAGGCUGACAACAAGGAGGAGGACAGCAGUGUGAUCCACUAUGACGACAAGGCCAUCGACCGGCUGCUGGACCGCAACCAGGACGUCACCGAGGACAACGAGAUGCAGAGCAUGAACGAGUACCUCAGCUCCUUCAAGGUCGCGCAGUACGUCGUCAAGGACGAGGACGAGGAGGAGGAGGAGGAGGAGCGCGAGAUCAUCAAGCAGGAGGAGAGCGUGGACCCGGACUACUGGGAGAAGCUGCUGCGCCACCACUACGAGCAGCACCAGGAGUACCUGGGCCGCGACCUGGGCAAGGGCAAGCGGCCGCGCAAGCCCGUCAACUACAACGACUGCUCCCAGGAGGACCGAGGUAGUAGACGGGAUUGGCAGGAUGACCAGUCUGACGACCAUUCAGAUUUCUCCGUACAGUCGGAGGAGGGCGAUGAAGACUUUGACGAGAGGACUGAAGCUGCCAAUGCUCGGCGGCCGAACCGGAAGGGCCUGCGGAACGACCGCGACAAGCCACUACCCCCCCUACUGGCCAGAGUGGGAGGCAACAUCGAGGUGUUGGGCUUUAAUGCGCGCCAAAGGAAGGCCUUCCUGAAUGCAGUGAUGCGUUAUGGGAUGCCUCCACAGGACGCCUUCACCACACAGUGGCUGGUCAGAGACCUGCGCGGCAAGUCAGAGAAGGAGUUCAAAGCGUAUGUGUCUCUGUUCAUGCGUCACCUGUGUGAGCCGGGAGCUGACGGGGCAGAGUCCUUUGCAGACGGCGUCCCACGGGAGGGGUUGUCACGGCAACACGUCCUCACGCGCAUCGGAGUCAUGUCACUCAUCCGCAAGAAGGUGCAGGAGUUUGAGCACGUGAAUGGCCAGUGGUCGAUGCCCUGGAUGAAGGAGCUGGAGGAGAGCAAGAAGGCGGCGGCCAUCGCUGCAGGAGAGGACCCCAACAAGACCCCCUCCACGGGCACGCCUGCUGACACACCUGGGCCCAACACACCUGCACCAGACGACGCCUCCAAGUCGGAGGAUGCCAAGGACGGGGAUGAGAGGAUGGAGGUGGAGGGGGAGAUGGACAUGAAGAAGGUCAAGCCAGACGAGCCAGAGAUCAUCGAGAUCCCGGAUGAGAGUGACAAGCCGGCCAGCCCGGAGCCGGAGGAGAAGAAGGCAGCUGACGCAGCCGACUCCAAGCCCUCCACCACCACGGAGGACGGAGAGAGCGCAGAGAAGGCCAAGGAAAAGGACAAACCAAAGGACGGAGCAGGAGAGAAGGAGGAGAAGAGCAAAGAGGUGGCGGAGGAGGAGAGCAGUUCGUCCUCCGAGACAAAGACAGAGGGAACCGACGAGACCAAUGCCAAAGAGGAAUGCAAGGAGGAGAAAAUGGACACAAGCUCUACAGCAGAGGAUAAAAAAGAACCAAAGGAGAAGGAGGCCAUCAAGACGGAGGAGGGCGGCGGGAAGCUGCAGAACGGCGAGAGCGGGAAGGAGGCCAGCAGCACGCUGCCGGUGCCGGUGCCCGUGCUGGACGGAGUGGCCAUCGAGGAGAAGAAGAAGGCAGCAGCCAAGCAGCGCUUCAUGUUCAACAUUGCAGACGGAGGCUUCACAGAGCUGCAUUCGUUGUGGCAGAAUGAGGAGCGGGCCGCCACGGUCACCAAGAAGACCUACGAGAUCUGGCACCGUCGCCAUGACUACUGGCUGCUGGCCGGCAUCAUACACCACGGCUACGCGCGCUGGCAGGACGUGCAGAACGACGUGCGCUUCGCCAAUUGUUCUUUGUACCCAAUUUUGUUGCCUUUUGUUGAUGACAAAUCUCUUACGGUAAUAAAUGAUAGAAUUAAUCGUGAUUUUCAGCUCCUGGAGCAGGCGCUGGUGAUUGAGGAGCAGCUGAGGCGGGCGGCGUACCUGAACAUGUCUGAGGACCCGCAGCACCCCAGCAUGGCCCUCAACACGCGCUUCAGCGAGGUGGAGUGCCUGGCCGAGUCCCACCAGCACCUCAGCAAGGAGAGCAUGUCUGGCAACAAGCCUGCCAACGCCGUGCUGCAUAAAGUUCUGAAGCAGCUGGAGGAACUUCUGAGUGACAUGAAGGCCGAUGUGACGCGUCUGCCGGCCACUAUCGCCCGCAUCCCGCCGGUGGCCGUACGCCUGCAGAUGUCAGAGCGCAACAUCCUGAGCCGACUGGCCAGUCGCGGCCCAGACGUGGCCCAAUCGCAGGCACAACGCUGAACUCUCUAUCUGUCUUUCUCUCUCUCUCUCUCUCUCUCCGUGAACCCCUGACCCCCCCUCAGGAACGGAGGAAGGAAGGAGGCCCGCACUCGAUUCAGUCAUCCUACUCCUCCUCCUCCUCCUCCUCACUCCUCCUCCUCCUCCUGCUCUCUUCCUUUCUUCCUCUUGGAGAAGGAUUCUACUGUACAUAAUCACCCCUCCCCACCCCCCUUCCUCCUCCCUGAAGCACAGGAGGGCAUCAUGGGUAACGGUCGCCAUGGGUAACUGUUACCAUGGUUAUGUUUUUUCCAUUGGAGGAAAGCAGGGAUGACAUUCAGUCAGGCACCUCAUUUGCGCACUUAUCCCCCUCUCCCUCUCGUUUUUCCCCUCUCUCCUGUCCCUCUUUCUUUCUCCCCGUCUUGCUCUCUCUGUCUUUUUUGUGCAUCUGUUCUGUAUUCAGGAGAGUUUGUGAUAUAGAGGAACUCCUGACCCAUGACCUUUGCUUCUGAAAUGCACACACACACUCACAUGUAAAAAAAAAACCAAUUCACUGUAGUGGCAAACUGGUGAGCACACAGAAACGCGCGCAGACACACACACACACACACACACACACACACACACACACACACACACACACACACACACACACACACACACACACACACACACACACACACACACACGCACACCUUGUUUCACUGCUGUGCUGCACUGUGGUCAUGUCACAGAAACUAUUUGUCUAAUAACAGAACCAAUAAACCAGAAAGCAAUAAAACACACAGACAUCAUGGAAGGUUACACGGAAGGGAAUUUCGCUUCAUCUGUAAUGUUUUGUACUCAACCAGGUUCCCUCCUCAUCUAUGUGACAUACCGUACAUGCUCUUACCUGUGUGAUGACGCUGCCACUAACCUAGGUAAUAGACCCAGUUCACCUCCGUUUGUGUGUGUCUGUGUGUGUUGUGUGUGUGUGUGUGGCAGGGAUGCUGAUAGAAAUCUUGGAAAGACUACAUAUAGUAAAGAUCAGAAGGUUCCUCGAAGAAUUCUCAGCUGCCAUUGUGGGGGAAUCCACAAAGGUGCACCGUGUAAGAUUUUGGCCAGAGUAGGUAUUGCAACUAUGCUGCUCCUUGAAACUGGGCUGCCUAUUGUCAAAUUCGAUCUUUACAUGAAUAUUGAAAAGUAAUAAUGGAGCAUGGAGAAGAUCCCCCUUUUCAUGUAUGAAAAAUGCAAUUUUCCCAUUCAUAAUGAAUACUUGUGAAUACUUAGAAUUUGAUGGUGGUGGUAAGUAUUUGUUAAAAAUAUACUUAACCAUUUGUGAAUAGGCAGCAUGAAUUCUGGAAUUGUGCACCUUUAAAGGACCUUUGAUUAAUCAAAAGGUGCUUGGACGUUCUUCAGAGAAUCUUCGGGUUCUUUCAAGAACCUUUUCGGUUGUUCAGAGAACCUUUGGGGUUCCCCCACGAAGCACCUGAGGGUUCUUUGAAAAACCUUCAAAUGUUUGCAGUGUUGAUUACAACAAAUCAAUGGUAUGAAGUCAGAUAGAAUUUAAGGUAGGACAUCCUAACUUUUCCCUCCUCUGAGCGUGGCCCUGAUGUGUCGUGUGGAUGUCCUUUUGUCAUGCUCAUGCACCUGUGUUGUAAGGAAGUUUUAAAAAUCCACCCACGCAUGCACACACACACACACACGCACGCACACACACACACACACACACACACACACACACACACACACACACACACACACACACACACACACACACACACACACACACACACACACACACACUACAGGAAUAGAGAAACUAAAGAGGUCCUUUACCAUGCAGUAAAAAAGCGACUUUUUCCAGCCUCUCACUUACAAAUGUAUAUACCGUGUCACCCAACAAUCACCCGCCACCACCCCCCCCCCACUCCCCAACACACAAACACACACACACACAUACAAACCGGCACACACACACACACAUCAUGUCUCAGCACACACUGGACAGAAGCUCAACAGGGUUUAAUUUUUGUAGUUUUUUUGUACCACCACCCCGCCACCAUGCAGAGUUAAACAUCUCCCUCUCUUCCACCUCUACAUAUCUACAUUCCUGAUUGGUCCAUAGCUGAUGAUGUCACACUGCUCAACCCUGCCCACCUUUGUCUGAUGUAAAGACUUGCAUCGUUAAAAAAGAAAAAGAAGCAUCAUGGAUAACACAAGUGUGGCUAUUUAAUUUAACUAGUUUUUUUAUUACUGUUCUUGAAGAGUCCAAUUGUUAUGCUUUGUAAUAUUGCUGUUAUUACCAUUUUUCUUGUUUCUAUGAGUACUGAUUCUGGUUUUUAAAACCUACAAUAAAAGCCAGUGGGGAAAAGGGA